AUGUUGGGAGAGUAUGGGACUUUGUCUGCCAAGUCAACUUACAACUAUACCAAUACAGAUGGGUGGGUUUAUCAUGACCGAUUCUCAAAAUAUCAUGUCACCUUGGUCAUCGAUAUCAUUCUGGCUGAAAAUUCGCUCCGGUCAACCGUUCAACGAGAAGAUGCGUUGAUAAACAAGAUUAGAGCUGCGAAAAAGCUUACGGGCGUCGAUGACAACGACGUAAAACUUGGCCCACUCGAAGAGGAGUUGAAGGAACUUAAAAAAACACGUUGCCAUCGAGUGCGGGAUCUCUACGAAGAGGAGUCAAUCCUGCUUGGUAUCUCCGGGAAGAGCUCGUCGAAGAUUGUAUUGGCAGAGGAGGUUGCUGUAGCCGGGACUGUGGAUGCUGCGCCAGACGUCGAUUAUCCGCUAAAGAUGGGAGAGGCAUCGGGCAUUGUACCGUUGAAUACGCUUCGGUCUCAUAAUCCUGCUUUUGUUCUACGGAUUGCAAAUGCGUACUUUUCGAAACCUCUAGUCUGGAAACUUGACACCAAGAAUAAGUAG